AUGGCUGAAUAUGUAACUCCAAGUAAUCCAUUGGCAAAUUCUAUUUCUUUAAAUGGGGAAGAAAUUAAUCCGUCAGUACCAACAAUGGCAACAACAGAUACUGACAUUGCACCAACACACACAACAACUAUUACAAAUCAACCAGUCACUGAUGAAAAUGGUAGUAAUGAAACUAUUGUUACAAAAAAAAGGAAGAAGACUUCACCAAUUUGGGACGAUUUUGAUCAAGUUGAAAGUUCUGAAGGUACAAAAGCUAUUUGCAAGUAUUGCAAAUCAGUGUUUUCUUACGCUGGAAAAGGAGCAAGUACUUCACAUUUAUGGAGGCAUUCUAGUAGUUGCUUACAAAGGAGAUUGCAUGUUGCUGCACAAAAGAAGCAACCAUUGAUUCCAUUUCAACCUUCCAAUUCAAGUGUUAAUCCCUUUGUGACACCAGGUGCAAGAUAUUCUCAAGAGAAGAUGAGACAAAUAAUUGCUACAGCAAUUAUGAUUCAUGAGCAUCCUUUCAGCAUUGUUGAGGAUGAAGUUUGGAUGUGGGGCUUCCAAUAUGCCAAUUCUGAAUUUCAUAAAAUUUCUCGCAAAACUGCUCGAAGUGAUUGCUUGGCAAUAUAUGAGGCUGAAAAGAAACAACUGAAGGCUUUGUUACAAGGUGUUAGAAAGAUAAGUUUGACAACUAACAUGUGGAGAUCAAGUCAUCAAAUUAUUGAAUAUAUGGUUAUCACAGGUCAUUUUAUUGAUGCAGGAUGGAAUCUUCAAAAAAGGAUUUUGAGUUUUGUUCAGGUACCUGCUCCUAGACGUGGCAUUGAUGUUGCGGAUGCUAUUUUCAAGUGUUUGAAGACUUGGGGAAUUGAAAACAAAGUCUUCUCAGUAUCUGUUGACAAUGCUUCCUAUAAUGAUUCAUGUCUAAGGGCUCUUAAGGAUACUAUUUCAGAUAACAACUCAUUACCUGUUGGUGGUAGUUUGUUUCAUGUUAGGUGCUGUGCACACAUUCUGAAUUUGUUGGUACAAGAUGGGCUAGGUAAAAUUAAAGAUAUUAUUCAUAAAGUUCGUGAGAGUGUCAAGUAUGUCAAUUUUAAUGAUUCAAGAUUUAAAACAUUUGUUGAGAUUGCUGAAAACAAGCGUUUGAAGGAGAAAAAACUCAUCAUUGAUUGUCCCACAAGAUGGAAUUCUACUUACAACAUGUUAUCUGUGGCUUUGAAGUUUAAAUCUGUGUUUCCUGUGUAUAAGGAAAGAGAACCUCACUACAAUUACGAACCAUCAUCAGAGGAUUGGAGGAAAGUUGAGAAGAUUUGCAAACUUUUAAAAGUUUUUAAUCUUGCUACUCAUGUCAUUUCUGGUAGUGAGUAUCCUACUGCAAACUUGUACCUUCCUGAAGUUUGGAGAGUGAAACAAGUAAUUGAUGAUGCUAUUGAAGAUAGAGAUUCCUUCAUGAGAGAAACGGCAACCUCAAUGAAAGAAAAGUUUGACAAAUAUUGGGGAGAAUGCAAUAUGGUAAUGUCUCUUGCUUGUAUUUUAGAUCCUAGGUGCAAAUUACAUGUUAUUAAAUUCUGUUUUCCUUUAAUUUACAAACCUGAACAUGUGGCUGCUGAAAAUGUUGAAAAAGUGAAGAAUACAUUGCAAGAAAUGUAUGAUGAAUAUGCUGAAAAGUGUCAUGGUGAGACAAUAAUAAGUGGAGUUAACACUAAUAGUGGCUAA